AGAUGAAACUUGCAUUCCUUCACUCUGCUUUGUCCACACUUGCUGAAUAGCCUUUAGAUGGGGCUUUGUGGGAGUGAUUGUCAGUAGCUUAAUGAGCUCCUUUGCCAAGCUAAAGGCUUUGCCAACAUAUGUGACUGCAGCGCUUUUGCUCGUCUCCAUCGCCAGUCUGUAUGAAACAACACACAGCGGACUCAGCACUCUGCAUCGUUACAGAAAUCAGAGCUCCUAACUCACUUUCCUGUAGUCUGGAUUCUAUUACCUGGAAAAGGUUUGCUGCUCCUCUCAUGGGGACCGGAGCUGAGAACAGCAUAAAAUCUUGUCCGGCACCACCAGCCCAGCAGAGAAAUGAACUGAGGACAGCACCUGUUUGUUGAGAACAGCCAAGAGCCUACAGUGAAACCAUGAGGUUGCAGAGAAGUCCGAGAUUCGCUGCCGUGCUGAUCGUGAUCACCUGUAUUUGUGCCUUCCACACAACCACAGCCAUGGACAUUCCUCUAGAGGUUUUGGGUCACAUAAACAUUGAGCAGCUGCCCACUAUCACAGCUCAUCCUCCCAGCUCGCUCAUUGCCUUCCCUUUUGAUGAGAGUUUCCCCAUGACGUGUGAAGCCAAGGGGAACCCCAAGCCAGAAUUCAGAUGGACAAAGAAUGGCCAGGAAUUCAACUACACUGCAGACCCCUACCUGAUGAAAGAAGAACAUUCUGGGACCUUUGUGAUCCCUAAAAUUGAGAACCUUACAGAGUACCAGGGCAACUAUCGCUGCUACGCCUCAAACAAACUGGGGACGGCCGUAUCCAAGGAGGUUGAGUUCAUCGUGCCAAAUAACCCUAAAUUUCCUAAAGAAAAGCUAAAUCCUGUUGAGGUGGAUGAAGGCCAGCCUUUUAUUUUGAAAUGUGACCCACCCAAAGGUAUACCUCCUCUGCAGAUCUACUGGAUGACCAUCAAUCUGCGGCACAUCGAGCAGGAUGAGAGGGUGUCCACGGGCUUGAACGGAGAUCUUUACUUCUCUCACGCGGUGGAGAAAGACAGCAGGAGGGACUACUGCUGCUUCGCUUCCUUUCCAAGGAUCCGAACCAUCGUUCAGAAGACYGCCAUGUCUGUCAACGUCAAACCAACAAAUGCAAUUUUGGAGAGGAGACCCUCGCUUCUGACGCCCCCUGGUGUCAGGUCAGAGAAACAACUGAUCAGAGGAGAAGACCUGAAGCUGGAGUGUAUUCCUGAAGGAAUUCCGACUCCACAGGUGGAAUGGGUGAAAAUGGGUCAUCGGCUUCCUGGUAAAGCACAACURGAGAAUCAUGGGAAACUGCUGAUCAUAGAGAGAGCUGAACAGGACGACAGUGGGAAGUACAUGUGCAAAGCUAAGAACCCGCUUGGAGAAGCUGUUCAUUACUUCACAGUAGCAGUGGAAGAGCCUCCGGAGUGGGUGUCAGAGCCGGAGAGUCAGCUCAGUAUGAUCGGCUCAGAUGUGCUCAUCAAGUGCUCUGCCAGGGGGACCCCGCAGCCCACCAUCACGUGGAGGGUGAAUGGUAAACUUCUGCACGAUUCCCCUGCGAGCAACAGGAAGKUGUUUGAUGAUACCAUAAUGUUACAUAAUGCCAAAGCUUCUGACAGCGCCGUGUAUCAGUGCGAGGCCUCCAACAAACAUGGAACCCUCCUGUCCAAUGCCAACAUCAUGAUUAUGAAUGUCCAACCCCUGAUUCUGACCAGGAACGAGGAGGAUUAUUCUGCRGUGGAGGAGAAAGGAGUGAUGAUUCACUGUAAAGUCUUCAGCUCUCCUCCUUCCACGAUCACAUGGAGCAAGAACGACUCUGAACCUGUCGAGGGUCCCAGGUUCAUGGUCCACAAUAACGGCUCUCUGGAGUUCUACAGCGUGGACAAAGGCGACRCGGGACAGUACAAGUGUUUGGCUGAAAACACGGAGGGGCAGGCCGCCAUCUACGCCGUGCUUUACGUGAAAGAUCCCACCAGAAUAGUGGUGGCCCCAACGGACCAGCAGAUCGUAAGAGGCACCACCGCCCAGCUCGCCUGCCUGGCAGAGUACGACAAGUCCUUCAGCGACGACUUUGAGCUCCUGUGGGAAAGAGAYGGUGCAGAGAUUGUUUUCAACUAUACGGAGAAUUCAGGAUACUUUCUAGAGAACGGUACUCUUCACAUUGACAAUGUGAGCUACAGGGACCAGGGUGUGUACACCUGUGUGGCCAAAACUCCAGUGGACCGAGCCGCAGCCUCAGCCCUGCUCAUGGUGUUAGAUGUCCCUGAUGCACCUGAGAACUUGGUCCUGUCUGACCGGAAAAGCAAAAGCGUGAAACUGAAAUGGACCCCCGGGGAUGAUCACAACAGCUCGAUCACAGAGUUCAUUAUCGAAUAUGAGGAGAACAAGUGGGAGCCAGGAAACUGGAAGGAGCUUCUCCGAGUACCGGGGAACCACAACUCAGCUGUCCUCAAACUCCACGGCCACAUCGACUAUCGCUUUCGAGUGUGUGGYGUGAACGCUGUAGGGGCGGGGCUACCCAGCGAACCCACAGAGAGAUACAAAACCCCGCCGACAGCCCCAGACAAAAACCCUGAAAAUAUCAAAAUCGAARGUCAUUUGCCACAUGAAAUGGAUAUCAACUGGGAGCCCCUGUUACCCAUAGAGCACAAUGGUCCCGGCCUGGAGUACAAAGUGAGUUACAGACGUCAGGACGUGGAGGAAGAAUGGACAGAGCACACAGUGAAGAGACACUCRUUUCUGGUCAAGAAUACUCCCACCUUUGUGCCGUACGAGAUCAAAAUCCAAGCCAAGAACAACCAGGGMUGGGGUCCCGAGCCCAGGAUAGUGACUGGCUACUCAGGAGAGGACUUUCCCAUCGCUGCACCUGAUGAUGUAGCCGUGGAGGUGAUGAACAGCUCAGUAGUCAAGGUUACCUGGACACGAGUGCACAAGGACAAGCUGCGUGGACAUCUGGGAGGCUACAGGAUAAACUGGUGGCGCCUGCGUAGUCUGGUGGACUCGAAGAAAAGCCAUGGAGACAAACACACGCUGACUUUCCCUGGGGAUCGAAGCCACGCCACGGUGCCAGGACUGACGCCCUUCUCCGAGUACAGCCUCAUUGUCAUGACCUUCAACGGGCGGGGCAACAGCCCAGGCAGCCAUCCCGUGAACUUCAAAACCCCAGAGGGAGUCCCUGAGGAAAAUCCAGUUUUCAGGGUCACAGACGUACAGAGGCACUCAGUCUCUUUGGCCUGGGCCCCUCCAUUGGAGCCUAAUGGGAUCCUCACCGGGUAUCUCCUCGAGUACCAGCUCAUCAAUGACACAGAAGAGGUGGGGCCCCUGCAGACUGUCGACAUCAGCAAACCUGACACCACUGCGUGGGUCCUGCAUGACCUGGAGCCUCUGAGCAAGUACAAGUUGUACCUGCGCUCCUGCACCACGAUGGGCUGCGGGCCUCUUGUCACCGAGGAGUUCACCACCACCCUGGAAACAACUUCUUCUCUGGCUCCCACUGUUGGUCUCAGUGAGGGUCACUGGAAGAUAACAGAGGCCCUAAACACSUCUUUGACCUCCUACAUCAUCGGCGGGCUCCAGCCUGAGACAGAGUACAUUGUGCGGCUCAUUCCUAACAGCUGGGUUGAUGAUUCUAGUAUAUUUGAAGAUGUUAUAACGACCCAGUCUGCAGGUCUGCCCAGCAUCCACGACGGAAUAUCCACCCAGGGCUGGUUUAUCGGCCUGAUGUGUGCCAUCGCUCUUCUCACCCUCAUUGUCUUGAUCGCCUGCUUUGUCAACAGAAAUAAAGGAGGGAAAUAUUCUGUAAAAGAAAAAGAAGACCUCCAUCCAGAUGUGGAGUCCCAGGGCAUGAAUGAUGACACGUUCUGUGAAUACAGCGACAACGACGAGAAGCCGCUGAAGGGCAGCCAACACUCCCUGAGCAGGGAGAUCAAAACCGCGGAGAGCGGGGACAGCUUGGUGGACUACGGCGACGAGGACGUCCAAUUCAACGAGGACGGCUCCUUCAUCGGCGAAUAUGGGCCGCGGAAAGAGAAGAGAGCGUCCACUGAGAUUAAAGCCUCCGUUCAGACCCCAGCGUGAGGAGCAGAAUGAGCAUCUAUCCAUCCUACCCUGGACACUGAUUUUAUUCCAACUGCUGGAAAGAACAAGUGAAAGAACAGACAUUAUUCAGAACAAAGCCACAGUUUGUGUCAAACGUAAUGUGUCAUUGCCAACAGCCCACUGCCAUACUCAUUUUAUAAAGCUCUGCUCAUCAUGUUCCAACUCAAUGACCGUUACUAAAUACCAUGUAAAUAUAGUGUAUAUUGUAUGUGCUGAGUGUCUUUUUUUAUAAUUAUUAUUACACAAAAUUUAGAAGAUGUGCUUUUUAUUAUUAUUGUUUUCGUUUCCAUGGUUUAGGCUGCACCAUCUGUACAAAUGUUAAAUGUAAAAUGUCACGUCCCAUUUUUUCCAUCAUUACAUGAAACUUUGAUGUCACCAUUAGCAGGCCGCAAACAAGUGGGUGCGAGCUGAUAUUUUUCAAGUGGAGCAAUUAUUACUGACCUUUUAUAUUUGAAAUGAUUCAUUAAAUAUGAUGUAAGAUCUGUGUAAAGGUUUGGCUAUUAACUUAUUUUUUUCAGUGGUUUUAUACCUGACAAAAUAACAAGACAGUUCACAUAUCACUGCAUUAGUAUCAUCAUAAGAGGGAAUUACUGUUGUAAAAGCUUGUUUAUGAGCAUAUAAACAGUUUAACUGUAAUGUAACUGCCCAGCACACAUCACUGCCAUGUUUGGAAGAGAGUUUUCAACAUGUAAAACGUUUCAGGAUUUUAUCAUUCAGAUCAAUGAAUAAUAAUCUCAGUUUUAUUGAUUCCAAAUAGAAACAAAUUUUCACGUUUGCACUUUCAGAAUAAAGGCUUUAGUUCAAAAGGUAACUUUUUCUUAAGCAGCUCCUUCACAUUCCAACAAAUACUAAAUAAAGACAUGUAUGCAAAGUUGCACCAAGCAGCUAUGAUUCUGAGUUUUUUUAAGCCUAGAAGUGCAAAAAUAAACAAGCCUGGCAAAAAUAUAGUGCACCGGUAAUUGUGAAAGCCCCCCUGUGUGGUCUGCUUCUGCAGUAACACACUUUCACCUGCCCAUGCAUGGGCUUUUAAAUAAAACUGAACAAGAUUGGAGCAGUGCAUGCAGCUCCUCAGUACAUGUGAAUUAAAUAUUAAAGUAAUACAAUAUAUAAGAAAUUUUAAGAAAUAUAAAAACUCUUAAAGGGAGUCCAAACCAACUAAUAUCUGUGCACCGGAUCUGAUACAUUCAACAAAAGCUUUUCCUUUGAAUGAAUCCAGAUUGAUUUGUAAUCAGAUGAUUUUGUUCAAAAAGCUGAAGUUUUUUAACAAGGUUUUCUUUUGCUGAACUGCCAUUCAAUCCCCAAAUGUUCUGUUCUUAGCAUUAACAUCUUUAUAAAAAACUGCAAUGUUUUGUAAGAUUCAGUCAUUGCAUGUCACGAAUGUUAAUUGUUGUUUUUUAUGUCAUUAAAUUGUUUUACUUUCCUA